AUCUCCCCAAGUUUUAAAAAUGUGGAAUAUUACAACCUAAACAUCGAAUUAUAAUAGUUAGGAAUAGUAUAGUCUAGAAAUGGUUGAGUUUGAUGGUUUUGCGUGCCAAAAUCGGCUAUUUCAUCCGCCCCCGAGAGGUACCCUCAGCUACUGUACCCUCGACCCCAUGCCAACAGCGGUCACAGCUGGCAGAAUCGCGUGCCAACUCGUGCACAGGAAAGCACAGCUUAACAACAACCAAAUUACUUUGCAACGCGGUAACCAGCUUUACACCUCUACAAUAACGUCCUCAAUCAACAUCUUGAUCUUCAUAGGCUACGGAGCAUAUAAUGGAAAGCACAGUGCAAUAUUUUUAUCCAUGGUUAAAAGGCGAAGUCAUUUGUGAUGUGAUGGGAAGGGUUGUAGUUAAGUCCACAACAGCAACCGGGGAAGCGGUGGCGAUCAAGGUCUGCCACAAAGACAUACUGCUCAAGAGCGAAGCCGACAUGCUGCAACACGUCACACAAAACACCUCUGUCAAAGCUCCAAAGCUUCAUAGAAUAUACGAAGUCGACUCAGCAAGGGUUAUGGAAACCGACUUCGUACCCGGAGUACCACUCGACACGGUCUGGGAGUCCUUCGGAAUCGAAACUAAGGCGGCUAUCGCUAGUCAAUUGCAGGAGCAAGUCCUUGCGAUACGGACCAGUACGCAAUCAUUCAUCGGCCGCGUCGAUUUUCAACCCACAUUCGACAUCUAUCGUCCACUCCAGAACCAAAGUUGUGGUGCAUUCCUGACUGAAUGCCAAUUCGAUGCACACAAAGUUCACAUGCUCGAAGCCGACGGCCGCAAAGACAUGGCAGAUAUUCUCAGCGGAAUGCUAUCAAAACUGCGGACGAAUUCUACGACCUUCGUUCUGACCCACGGAGACCUCAGUCCGUGGAAUAUUCACGUUCAGAAUACUGAAAGCGGUUGGCAGAUCUGUGGUAUCCUUGACUGGGAAAGGAGUGGGUUCCUUCCAGACUACGCCGAGUAUACCAUCGCCAUGACAAAUCCAAGCUACUCUGAGGAAUGGCGCAAGGUUCUUACGGAGCAGGUCCUGACAAGUUGUAGUAAGGAAAGACUUGAAGCCGAAAGGGUGGCUACCAAAAGUUUCAUGUAAUGUUCUUUAGGUGAAAAUGGUUGAAAUUGUCCGAGUAAAAGCAGCUAUGAACUUUGGAUACCUAUCGUGUUCCCUGGCCAAGGAUGAAGGAAAUGUUUGGGAGAAAACCCGGCACCAGGCAUAUAGUUGCGGCUUGCUUUUCAUAU